AGUGAGGAAGCCCUGGAGGCCGUGGCUCGGUGUCAAGGGGGAAGCCUGGGUCACGGCGGCAGCUGCUCCACGCACGGGCUACAGAGGACAGCGCUGGCAGCCCACUGCGUUGCCCCAAAGAGGGCAGCUCUCUGGGAGGUCGGCGAUGACAUUCCAGAGCGACAUCCCAGGCGAUGGAGGACAUCACUGCCCGGUGAUUGUGAUGUCACUGUGGCAGAGGGUCAGCCGCCCCUCAGAGCGGCCCUGGGCUCACUGUGCCGCCUGGAGCGGUGGGCGUCUCGUCCUCGUCCCUCGCAGCGGGGCACGGUCGUCUUGUUCUGAGGUACCCCGGUACCACAGGGCGCUGACAAUGGCUUCUGCUUGGGAGAGGAAGUACUACUACUCCGAUCUGGGGAAGAAAGUGGUGCUUCUCCCCAGCCUCCUUCUCCGUGAGGAGUUCAAAGACAUUGGUUACCCCAUGAUUUUUGAGGGAGUGCUGCUCCUGGCCGAUGUCUCAGGUUUCACUGCCUUGGCAGAGAAGUGCAUCCAGAAGAGCGGCCCAGAGAGAGGAGCUGAGGAGAUGGUGCAAACCCUCAACGCCUACAUGGGUGACAUUCUGGAACAGGUGCUGGCUUUUGGAGGAGACAUCCUGAAGUUUGCAGGGGAUGCCAUGCUGGUGCUGUGGAGAGCAGCAGGGCCUCAGCUGCCUACGGCCAUCAACCUGGCGCUGCAGUGCUGCAGGAAGGUCCAGAAGAAGUACGGCACUUAUGACACGCACAGUGGUCUCAAGCUCCACCUGAAGAUAGGGAUCUCCGCCGGGAUGCUCUCCUUCAUGUCCGUCAGAGGUGGGGAUCGUCAGUACUUCUUCGUCUGCAGUGGAGCCCUGGACGAAGUUGUCAAGGCCCAAAAGCUUUCGGCUGCCCAUGAGGUAGUGCUGUCACAGACCUGCUGGGAGCUGUGUGAUCAGAAGCGAAUCAGGGCCAAGCCUCUUGCUGGCAAAGGGGCCGUGAAGGUUGUGGGAAUGAGGCGCUUAGCUCGCCGAGAAUGGAAAGAUGCUGUAGUCCAGCUGAGCAGUGCCAGAGGGGAGAGGCAUUUGAAAGGGACGGGCCUCCGAAGGCCGACUCUUAGGAUGUGCGAUGAUUCUGAACUGGCAGCGAGGCUGGAGAAGUACUUAUCGACAGCUGUUCUCCGGAAGCUUCGUGAGGACGUGCCGCUGGAGCUGUGCUCUGAGCUACGGCCCGUCACCAGCCUCUUUGUCCAGCUGAAGUUUGCUGACAGGAUCAACGCAAUCGAGCUCAGCAGCAGCCUCGGUGACUGCAGCAACACGAUUUCAGGCAUCAUCAGCCCUCACAAGGGUGAAAUCAACAAAACUCUUCUGUUUGACAAAGGCUGCACCUUCCUCUGCGUGUUUGGAUUUCCUGGAGAAAAGCUGGCCCACGAGAUCACCCACGCCUUGGAAUGCGCUAUGCAGAUCUUCCACAUGACCUCCAUGGGCCUGAGAAAACUCCAGCUAGUGUCUGUUGGGGUCAGCAGCGGGGCAGCGUUCUGCGGCUUCACUGGCCAUCCUGAGAGGUUUGAACACACAGCCCUUGGCUUUAAGGUGAAUUUGGCCGCCCGCAUGAUGGUGGCCUACCCGGGGGUGGUGUCCUGUGAUGCAGAGACCUGCGCGGCCUCUCGCCUGCCCAGCUACUGCUUCAGAGCGUUACCAAAGAGAAACUUGAAAGGCGUUAUCAGUCCCACCACUGUCUAUCAAUACGUGGGGACCACCGAGAAGCAACAACGUGACGUGGGCGUUGCCGAGGAGAGGUCACCCUAUGGUCCCUUGCUGGGUCGGGAGGCAGAGAUUGACCGCUUUGAAUUCUGCUUGGAGGCCUAUAAGCAUUUGGAAGAACCACAUGUCCUGGCAUUUGUGGGCAUUCCAGGCUCUGGAAAGAGCCACUUACUUGCCGAGCUGGCCAUUUUAGGCCGGGCUGCUGGGCACAGGGUCAACGCUGUGGAACUGGCAGAGGAGAACUUGAAGCAGCCCUUCUCUGCCAUCCGUCUGCUGGUGGCCAGGGCACUGGGUCUCCAGGCCGGUGAGACUUGCAGUGACAGGCAGAGCGCCCUGCAGACCGUGCUCCAAGGCACAAUAGAAGAGAGCAGCUAUUGCUUGCUCAACGAUGUUUUCUUAGUGGAGUUUCCCAUCACAGACGAGGUGUGCAGGAUGCGUCACACUGAAUGGAACAGUGCGUUCCACCUGACUUGUACGCAAGUGCUACAGAAGGUGCUUGGAGGGGAAUUUGGCAUAUUUUUCGUCGACAACGCCCACUUUGUGGACUCUGAGUCCUGGUCUAUCGUGUGGCCCCUGCUCCAAAGCAUCACGGUCCUUAUGGUCAUGAGCUUAGCUCCGGGCCAUGCCAGAGCAGAGGACAUUUUCAAAGCUGCCACAGACAGCACAACAUCGGAGAGAAUCACCUGUCUUCGUCUGGAAGGGCUGAAAGCUUCAGACGUGGUGCGGAAAGCCUGCCAGGAGCUUGGAGUGCGCAGCAUCCCCAGGGAGCUGGCAAGGUUCCUGAUCCAGAGAAGCUCUGGCAUCCCAUAUUACUGUGAGGAACUGCUGCGCUCCCUGCGUUGCAACAACAUGCUCUUGUUGCACACCGGGAGGCCGAAGGAAGGAGAGGACAGCUGGCAGAGCCUGAUUGCCAAGGCAUCACCCGCUGUCACAGCUGCCUCAAGCCCGGGUACCGGGAGUGACGGAGAAAGGAUGUGUGCCAUCAGACCAGACGUGAGCCUGGAGACCUCCAUGCUGCCGUUUGCCUUGAAAGAGAUUGCGCUGGCUGAGCUGGACCGGAUGGAUCUACAGAAGCAGAUGGUUCUGAAGUUUGCAGCCAUCAUAGGGCCGGUGUUUACAACCCAGCAGCUGGUUCACAUCCUUCCCAUCUCUGUAAAUCAGUGGAUUAAUCCACUGCUGGACAUGCUGGUGAAGGACAACAUCCUGAAGCGGCUGAAGAACACAGAGGAGCCGGAAGACGUGCAAGGUGCUCCAGAGGGGCCGGCCACCUCCGGGCAGGCAGGAAGCGGGGUGGAGAGGCCCUCCGUGAACAUGGGGUCCAGAAAACAACAGUCUGACGUCCUGGCCUUCUGCGCCCCACUGCUGUGGGAGGCGACGUACGAGCUGUGGCCCACGAGGGAGAGGGUGAACAUUCACCGCCAGUGUGCCGCCUUCCUGGAGAAGCAUGCGCACAAAUGCCAGAGGUGCCACGGAGGGGACUUUGUGGCCUUCCACCGCUUCGGCGUCUCCAGCCCCCAGAAGCAGGGGAGCUGCCAGGGCUCUGCUGAUGAGGAUGACUGCUGCAGCUGGGAGGCCUUGGUAGUUGCUGGAGAACACCUGAGGAGGGCCAGGACCCACCCUGCAGAGGGCGAGAUUCUGGCAGAGGGCGAGCAGACAACUCUGCGGGCCAAGGACGGUGGCGAGUGCUCCUGCCAGUGCGAAGCCAUCGCCGAAGCAGUGCUUGUGCCCCUGGCUCGCCACUACAGGGCAAUGGGCAACACUUCCCAAGCCCUCCAUUAUGUGCUGGAGUGUGCGGCUGCCUACCUGCACGUCUCCAACAGCUACAUGGCCCUCAUGAAGCUGAGUGAAGCAGAGGCUCUGAGGAGCUCCGUCAAAAAGGAAAGAAAUGCCAUCGACCGCUUUGAGGAGGCCAUCUUCUUCAGCCUCAAAGGAGAGGUCUGCAGUAACGUGGGAUGUGUGAAGCUGGCCAAGGAAAUGAGCAGGCAGGCGCUGAGACUGCUGGAAAAGCGGUUCCCGCGAACCCGUGCCGGGGCCUUUGUCAAGUCUCUGUGGGAAGGGUUGAAGCGUGCUCCUCAGACCACAGGCAGAGCGUCCUUCCUUCCCCAGGAGGCUCGGAGGAAGAAGCAAGCCUGGCUGGUUCAGCGGAGCAGAUGCCUCGCCUUGCUCGAGGACCUCUACAGCCAGGAGGGCACAUCUGGCGGACAGAGGUUCUCCCGCCUGGCAGCACUCAUGAAGGCCAACACGGACAGCAAGAUGCACUCCUAUCAGGCAGCAGACUCACACAUUGGACAAGCCUUGAAUUAAGGAAAAUAGGCUUAGACAACGAGUGCAGACAGCGGGUGUCCUGUUUCUCCAAGUGACACCGUUCAGGUACCCUACGUCUGGAAUGCAGACAGCAGGCUAGGACAGUAAACCACAAAUUAACAAAGAAGCAACGGAUUGGUGGACGGAGCUGUAGCCGAUGAGAGGACCGGCCAAAGCCAGGUGAAAGAAUACAGUGAGGAAGACCAUGGCCUUCAUCAGAAAGACCACCAGACAACCAGCAAGAGAUACCACGCAUGCGUAAAAGAACUGAGA